AUGGCCGCCGCCGACUACGCCCGCGCGUACCGCCCCUACGCGCCCCCCGCCCCCGCCGGUGAGUACGACCGCCCCUACCGCAACGAGGUCGUGCCCUACGGCGACCGGCGCCUCGACAUCGUCGUCAAGCCGCCCGCCAGGUCGUCGCCGCCGCCGCUGCCGGUAUCCACAAGGAGCGGCGGCGGCGGAGGGGCGGGGUCGGCGUGGUGCUUCAGCGACCCGGAGUUGAAGAGGCGGCGGCGGGUGGCGAGCUACAAGGCCUACUCGGCGGAGGGCAAGGUCAAGGCAUCGUUCCGCAGGGGGUUCCGCUGGAUCAAGGCCAAGUGCUCCGAGCUCAUCCAUGGCUGGUACGGAUCACGCUUUCUUCUUCUUCCCCCCUCCCCCUUUUAUCGGGUCCUCCGUUCUUCUUCUCAAUAUUCUCGGACAUCUAACGGCGACGGCCGGCUGCUUUGGUUCCCGAGCAUGGGUCCUGACGUCCUGUCCUUCCCCUGGGUAAUGGGUUCUGCCCAGCAAGUUCAGAAGCUUUUAAUCUUCAUUUUACUGUUUGUAUGGACUAUUGGUACGAUUAUUGCCAUUGUCCUUGUGCCUCUCAUCAUACAUCGUUCAUCGUUGCUUCCUGAAAUGGUUAGGGAAGUCACAGAACCUGGGAUCUCGGUGAAAUUCUGUUCUAUUGGGAUGGUGGAAGGUGCAGCUACAAUUCGCGAUGGAUGGUUGUCGGGUGUAUUUCGCUAA